ACUGGAGAGCAUUUCGCUUUAUAGCGUGGUUUAGGAAGCACGUUUCGGGUAUUCGCAAAAAAUAUUGAUCGAUGUUGCUUUACUACAGCGAGUAAUUGGAAGUUUUGUAGUUUAUUUUUGAAGUGUCAAUUUAAAGAAAUGUGUUUCAAAAUGUUAAAAUAUUUAAUAAUUACGCUGACAUUAUGCGUUAUGCUACAGAGUCAAGUAGGAGACGCCUCACCGAGUAGUAGCCAACUGAGUUUCGAGCUAAACGGGCGCAUUAUCAAUGGCACCGUGGCGAGUUUUAAUGCCACCAAACAUCAGGUCUCCAUUAGGCGUCGUCGCAAUGAUGGCUACUUCUUUGGCACCGGUCAUAUCUGUGGCGGUUCGUUGAUUAGUUCGGAUGUAGUGCUCUCCGCGGCGCAUUGUUUCGUCAAUUACGACAUCAAUAACGGUACAUUCCGUCCAGAUGAGGACUUUACGGUGGUUAUGGGCAAUCUGGAUCGUUUCGAACGCAAUAAUUACACGCUGGUGUUUGACGUGCAGAAGAUCAUCUACAAUGUGAGCCAUUUCAAUUUGAGCACCUAUGAGCGGGACAUUGCUUUGGUGUUCCUGAACGAUUCAGUGCCCGCGAAUUACACUAGAGCUCAAAUAAUAAAACUGAAUACCCAACAAGUGCCGCAUGACACAGUUUGUCAAGCAACCGGUUGGGGUGAAACUGAGGAGGGCUACUUGUCCGAUAUUUUGCUGACUGUUGAUGUGCCGAUCAUUAAUGAAACUGUCUGCGCCAGUGAAACGAAUUACCAUCCUAGUCUGAUACGUGAAGGUAUGCUUUGCGCUGGCUAUCCACAGGGUGGGCGUGAUGCCUGCGCUGGUGACUCAGGUGGUCCACUGGUCUGCAAAAACAAAUUGGCUGGUAUUGUAUCGUGGGGCAAGAGUUGUGCCGUACCGUUACAACCGGGUGUCUACACAAAUGUCUCCUAUUGGUCGCAAUGGAUCGAAGAGCAUAGCGGGGUUAAAGGCGCAGCGAGCAUUAGUCAUGUUUCUACAUUUUUGACUCUACUGACACUUGCUCUUCUGGCUUUACUGGAUUGAUGACAGUAUUUUACAAUAAUUUACAAUAACAUUUUAAUGUUUCUAAAGUUGUAGUGUGAUUGAUUUAUAGGAGAGAGGUUUCUAUGUUAAAAAUAUACUCAGCUGUCCGUCACUGCUUGACGAUACCACUAUUUGCCAAACUCAGGCAGUUUAUGUAAUAAAUUGAUUUAAAGCGA